CUCCAUUCCCUUCUCUCAGACGCACCGACAAAACGUCUUCCGACCGACUUCCCGCCCGAUGCUGCCGCCCGCCAUGGAUACUCACCAACUCCUCGACUCUCUCACCGCCCAUAUCGCCCUCUAUCACUCCUCAAUCCCUAACCCUAGCCCCAGCCCUCGCGCCAGCGUCCUCCGGUGGUUCUCCGCCCUCUCCGCCGCCCACCGCCAGUCCGUCCUCACCGUCCUCGACCCCGACUUCGUCCGCAUUCUCCUCCAGAUGCUCUCCCGCCUGCGUUGCCACGGCCACGGCUUCUUCUUCCUCCUCCCCGACCUCCCCUCUCCCUCCUCCUCCCUCCCCUCCCUCUGCUUCCGCCGCUCCGGUGGCCUUCUUGCCCGCGCUGCCGCCGCUUCCACCGCCGAGCUCGCCCUCGCCCGCUCCCUUCGCCUCUUCGGGUCCCGGGAGGAGGAGCAGACCGCCGAGUGCCCCCUGGACUCCCUCACGGUCUCCGAGGACUUGGUCGCCGAUGCGGACCGGUUCGUGGAGGUCAUGGAUGGAAUUUCCGGCGGAAGGUUCCUCAGAGGGGAGGUUAGCGGUCUGGGGGCGCCCUGGGCCGAGCUGCCAUGGUUGAAGGAUAAGGGGUAUUACAGCUUGGAGGCAUUCGUGGCGAAUCGAAUGGAGGUGGGGUUGAGGCAGGCGUGGCUUAGCUCCCAUGGAGGGAAGAAGCCGAAGGUGGGGAAGGCAGCGAAGGAGAAGGCCGGGGUAGCUGGCGUGGCGGCCAAUGCCUUUUGGAGGAAGAAGGGUUGCUUGGAUUGGUGGAUGGGGUUGGAUCCCGGGCAGAGGAAGAAGAUUUUCAAGGCUUUUUUAGGGAAGGCAGCUAAAUGUCUGGCAAAUGAGAUUGUUAAAGGGUCAGACAUUGCUUUGAGAAAUGAAUUUUGUUUUUGUAAACUUGAAUCUGAACUGCAACUAAGAUAUGGUCCAACAGCAUCUUGGCAAAGGGCAAAGCAGUCAUUGUCCAGAAGGAAUCCAGAUUUGUGCUUGGAUAUCAUCACUGCACCAUCUUCUAGAAGACCACGAACCCUGGCCAUUUGUUUGAAUAAGUUGCUAGUGGUUCAGGAGAUAUCUACUUUUUUAACAUGUUGGUUUAGUGAAUAUGAAGAUGAGUUAUUAUUUUUCAGCACAUUAGAAUCUGUUGACACCUUUUCUGAUUGUAUAAUAAGAAAGCUGCAAGGACUCCUCAUGGUUGUUUCCAUUAAGUAUAUAAAUCUUGAACUUAUGGGAGAUGUAAGGUUGAAUGCCAUCCUGCACAAAAGUGAAGAGAAGUGCAAUGUUGGUUGUCAGAGAGGGAAGAACAAAUGUCGCAGUUCAAAAAAGCUAAGUUCUAUUCCUAAGCCAUCCAAGGUUGAUUCGACAUUACACAAAACUUCUAUGGACAAAGGAUAUGGAACAGACUGUGCAUUUGAUAGCAGCAAUGGGCUUUGCCCCCCAGAAAAAACUCUCUCAAUAGUGGAUAAUCAGAAGAUAAGGGCGGCUAAUCCUUGUGUUCUGAAGACAUAUCCUGAAAAGGAAACUCCAAUAUCAAAACUUGAGAAGGAGCAUGCUGCAGUUUUGGCUGACUGCAAGAGCCAUAAAAGUAAGAAAAAGGGUGGACGAAAAGGAGCUAAAAAUAAAAAUCCUACCUUGGUGAAAAUUGGACUUCCUGAACUUGAUAACAAGAAAAAUGCCUUAACAUCUGUUGUUGCAGAAAGUGAAUUGGCAGAAUCUUUACCCAAUGCCAACGAUUCUACUGGGAGGCAUAAGCUGUCUCCUGUUUCUAAUUUCUGUGAUGCUUCUGAUAAGCCUGGUAUUGUGGAUCAGAAUGAAAUGAUGAACACUCAGCUAGAUCCUAACCAUCAUUCUAUCACAGAUUGCCGUUGUACUGGUGUGAAAUGUAGUAUGAGUUCAAACAAAUUACAGGACCAUAACUCUAUUACAAUGGCUGAAGGCAUCCCACAGAUAUCUUCAGGAUUUUCUUUGAUUAACACUAAUAUUUGUUGUGACAAACUUGUACAUUGUAUUAAUUCUUCCAUAAGGAGUUCCGGAAACACUACUGCAUGUGAAGUCAUGAGCCCUGCCAUGCCUCCAACUGAGCUUGAGACUGGUGCAUUUCAUAAGAAACAUGAGCAUUGUAGUUCUCGGGAUAUGAGUGACACCAGUUCACAGUAUGUUGCUCGUUCAAACUUAGUUCGAGGUGUUAUGCAUGAGAAUAAUACCAUAGCACUGAGUGAUUUUAGUGGAUCUUAUGACUAUAGCCACACAAGUUCUAUGGGAGGCACUUCAUUUGAGUGGCCUACCAUAUCACCACCUAAUUUUACAUCUGGUAACUCACAGCUUCUCCCAGCUGCCACGGACAGAUUACAUCUGGAUGUUGGUCACAAAUGGCCUGGUCAGUUUCAUCAGUCCUUUCUGCCUUCUAGGCAUCGGGGAAGAAAUCCAUCAAUUGAAGGUGAACACAGUCAAAUUUUACGUCCUCUAACUUUGCCCAUGAGCUAUGAUUGGCCUCCAAUGGUCAAAAGUUAUAGUAGAUUGAGUCAGACUGUGACUGUAAACUAUGAUUCUGGAUAUGUUCCAAGGCUGCAGUCUUCGUUCUGCCCAGGAUUUGGCACUCAUGGACUGCAAAUUAAUGGGACCUCCAGUGAAAAUGGGGGGAAGAAUCCUGGGGAUAUUCUUGAUGUGCAUGAUUUGAAAAACACUUCUGAUUUGGUGGAUGAUACUGAAAGUUACUGGUUUUCUGAAGAAGAAUAUGAAACUCAUGCAUUUUCUGGAAGGGAUUAUAAUCAAUUUUUUGGUGGUGGAGUGAUGUACUGGAAUCCUCCUGAACAUGUUGGAACAGGCUUUUCUCGCCCACCUUCUCAUAGUUCUGAAGACAGUGCUUGGGCUUGGCAUGAAGCAGAUAUGAAUAGAGCCAUUGACGAGAUGGUUGGCAUGCCUGGCUUACCCGCUUCCUAUAAUACAAAUGGUCUGGCCUCACCACCGGCUGCCCCAUUUUGUUCACCAUUUGAUCCUUUGAGACCUGGACACCAGUCUGUUAGUUAUUCUAUGCCGGGAAACAACUUCAAUGGGAAGGUAUUGAACCCAUCAUCAUCAGUGUCGGAUGGUCCUGAAGAGAAAGCAUUAAUAUCUGUGAAUGAUUCACCUAAUGGUGUUGAGGGCAUGAAUGGGGAUACACUUCCAUACUCAAUGUUGCGGCCUAUCAUUGUUCCAAGAAUAUCAAGGAGGGGUUCAAGAUCUGAAUUUAAGGUUGGUCAUGAUCAUAAAAGCCCAUGUGUACCUUCUACUAGGAGGGAUAACCCUCAUGUCAAGCGACCGCCAUCACCAGUGGUACUUUGUGUUCCUCGAGUACCUCGACCUCCACCACCAUGUCCAGUUGGUGAAUCUAGAAAGCGAGGCUUUCCUGUUGUAAGGUCUGGUAGCUCAAGUCCUAGGCAUUGGUGUAUGAGAAGUUGGUAUUCUGAUGAAAAUAAUUAUCGGGAAACUCGCCUUUGUUUGGAUGGUGCUGAAGUUGUUUGGCCUUCAUGGCGAAACAAAGGGCUUGCUACCUCUCCAAUGGUGCAAUCUAUUCAAGGGUCUUUGUUGCAAGAUCAUCUCAUCACAAUUUCCCAGCUAGCUUGUGAUCAGGAACAUCCAGAUGUUGCAUUACCACUGCAUCCUCCUGAUUUGUUAAAUUGUCCAUCCAUUAAGACAUCCCUGUCUAUGAUGCACAAUCUUCUUCAUGAGGAAAUUAAUCUUUUCUGCAAGCAGGUUGCUGCUGAGAAUCUGAUCAGGAAGCCCUACAUUAAUUGGGCUGUCAAGAGGGUCACACGAUCUCUUCAGGUGCUCUGGCCUCGCUCUCGGACGAAUAUAUUUGGUUCUAACGCAACUGGUUUAGCUCUUCCAACUAGUGAUGUGGAUCUUGUGGUUUCUCUUCCUCCAGUACGGAAUUUGGAACCUAUCAAAGAAGCUGGAAUUUUGGAAGGUCGUAAUGGUAUCAAGGAAACAUGCCUUCAGCAUGCUGCUAGGUACCUUGCAAACCAAGAGUGGGUUAGAAAUGACUCCCUAAAAACAAUAGAAAACACUGCAAUACCUGUGAUCAUGCUUGUGGCAGAAGUUCCUCAUGACAUUAAUCUUUCAAAUGAAAAUUCUUCCAUUGUUGAGUCACCAGAAGCAUAUUCAAUGAAGAUGCCUGGAGGUCAAAGCAUCCCUGGUCCAGAUCAGUCUAGUUCAGACAAUACCUCCUGGCCAAUGUGUUCAAAGAUGAAAAAGGAUGAACCCAUUGAUAUGAAAUCAAUUCAUCUCGAUAUCAGCUUCAAGUCACCAUCACAUACAGGACUCCAAACUUCUGAACUGGUUAGAGAGCUCUCUCAGCAGUUUCCUGCUUCUGUACCACUUGCUUUGAUACUCAAGAAGUUUUUGGCAGAUCGUAGUUUGGACCACUCUUAUUCUGGUGGUUUGAGUUCUUACUGUUUGGUGUUGCUAAUUGCACGCUUUCUUCAGCAUGAACAUCAUAUUGGUCAGCCUGUCAACCAGAACCUGGGUAGUCUUUUGAUGGAUUUUCUCUACUUCUUUGGGAAUGUUUUUGACCCACGUCAAAUGCGAAUUUCAAUUCAAGGAAGUGGAGUUUAUAUGAAUCGAGAAAGAGGGCUCAGCAUUGAUCCAAUUCAUAUUGAUGAUCCUCUUUAUCCAGCUAACAAUGUAGGGAGGAAUUGCUUUCGUGUACACCAAUGCAUUAAGGCUUUUGCCGACGCUUACUCGGUGCUGGAAAAUGAGCUAUCACAGUUCUCCGGUAAUUGUGCUUCAACUUCAACAGGAACAUUCAAGAUACUUCAAAAAAUUGUGCCUAGUAUUGGUCGUGAGGAGUGAUAUUUGAUCAUGAGUAACUAUUUUUCUUGUCUGAAUGGUGCUGGCUUGGCUGCUCCAUUAGUGGUGGUAAGCAGAGGUAUUGCAAAUUUUGCCUGCUUUGCAUACUAUUGUUCAGGUUGACAGCCAUACUAUGCUGUUUGCUAGAAUCACCUCUGUAUGGAUAACUUGCUUCACUCAAAGGUAUGAACUGGAAGCAGACAUUCUUGUGAAAUUCUGGGCCCUGUUAAAAAAUGAUAUGUGAAGUGACAUCCAAACUACCUGGCCAGGAACAACUAGACGUGUCUUGGUUUACCAGGAGCUCAGAUUGAUUGAGCAGGUGUUCUGCACUUGAUGAUCAUCUGCUUUAAUUUUGUUCAACAACUGAAGAUAAUGCCAAGAUUCAAAUGGAUGGGAUCAGCCAUUCAGUAUGAUCUUCAGUCUUAUCAUCUAUCUGGGAGCUGGCCCGUUGAAGUGUUGUGCAUUUUGCAGUGCAUGCAAUAAACAUGCUGUAAACAUUUGGCAUGGUUGAAGCUUUAUGCAAGACUUGAACGAUGAUUAUGACUUGGCCAAGAUGAUAUGGAUGGUCGAUAAUGGCAUUGGAAGACCUGAAUGAUGGGCUUGUUACCUGAAUGAUUACCGCUCUUGAACUUUGAUCAAAUAAAUUCAGUGAUUCAGGUCUCUCUAUCUCUCUCAUUGGAAUUAUUAGAGGGUUCAUACAAGGAUGUUUAUUCUCUGACUCAACUUCUGUCAACCAGGCAGAGUUUCAUUGCCUAGUUCAGUGAAAUAUUCUACUGAUCAGCCAUGAGACUUUUAUAUGCCAGGUUGUUGACGAACCUUUUUCCUAUGCCUUGUUGGGAAAGCUUCUUCCUGUGGUCUCUAGUGAUCAUUUUUGUUUUUCCCUUGUGCCAAUUUUGGCAUGCACGGUUCCAUGUGAAACAGUUGAUGUGUUUGUACAGUGCAAGCUACACUAUGGAAUAUCUAUAAUGACUAACUUGGAUUUCUAAUCAUUGUUCUUUUUCUG